AUGUCGUCAUCAUCAGCCGACCGCAUCCCCACAUCACCCACAAGCCCACAUUCAUUGGCUGACGCUCCUUCGCCACAACGACUCCCCUUUUACGCACGCUUCGGUCGACGCUCCAAAACAGCCAGCCACGCAAAUCAGGCCUCUUUCGCUGCUAGCACCUCCAAUCUCUUGUCCCCCUCCGCUGGCCCUUCCACGUUUUCUGGCCUCAUUAGGAGCUCCUCUUCUUCGCAAGUGCACUUGUAUUCGCCUUCAGCUUCAGCUUCAGCAUCGGCGUUUCAAUCUCCUUCUCGCCCGUCACGCAUACCGCUGCAGACCCGCGUCACUUCGCCAAACCUCGAACGCAUUCCUCAGGGGACUUCGUCUCAGAACAAUUUCGUCAUGGCUGCCAACUCGAAUGCUAGCGGCACUGGCAGCGCCCUCGGUCGCAUGUUCCGUCGCUACUCUCAAGGUCCUGCCAAUCGCAGCGAUUCCCAGCGAUCUACCACUCGCGAUCGCGACUCUUUCAGCAUGCCCAGAACCACGAGCUCGUCUGCCAUCGACAGAGACACCAGCAGUCCCAUGCGCCCGACCGCCAAUGCAACCGCGCCUGCUUCACCUCUUGCGCGGUCCGGCUCGUAUCGCGCCAACAUGAACCCACAAUCUGCCAAUGAUAGCAGUGCUGCCAUUGCCAAUCCUCGCAAUGUGACAACUUCUCCCUCUGCUGCGUCAGCAGCAGCUCCAGCCAUUUACCCAGCUGCGGCCGUCGCUCAGCCGAGCACCACUGUGGAUGAAGCCAACGCUGCUUCGCAGAACGCUCAGCCCAUCCAGGAGGACUCUUCAACUGAAGUAGCUCCUGCUGCCACUGCUGGCUCCGCUUCCUCAGCCGGCACACGCCCGCUCAACGGCAUGCACCGUAUCCGACUCGUGCCACAUCUCGAAGCCACUCGCUCGCUGCACUUCGAGCCUAUCGAGCGCGACCUAAAAGAAGGCGACGGUGGCGUCAAGGUAGGCCGCUUCACCGAUCGACAGCCUUCGCACCGCGAUCCGGUCGCAGCAACACUAGCUGGUGUCGUCAAUGACGCCACCUCCUCAGGUGAACUUGGCUCCGCAGCAGCACCGGUGCAGUCGAGUCGCGGUCAACCAGGCGCACGAGGUGGAGCCAUUCCCAUCAGCGGCAGUCAUGGUGGUGGCGGUCGUAUCGACUCUUCUCGCAUCGCGUUCAAGAGCAAAGUGGUCAGUCGAGGUCAUGCAGAGAUCUGGUGUGAGCCAAACGGAAAGUUCUUCAUCCGAGACACCAAGUCGUCGUCCGGCACCUUCCUCAACCACAUCCGCCUGUCUGGGCCCAACCUCGAGUCCAAGCCGUUUGCGAUAAAGGAUGGAGACGUUGUCCAGCUUGGCGUCGACUAUCAGGGCGGCACCGAGGAGAUUUAUCGCUGCGUCAAGAUGCGGGUCGAGCUCAACCGAGGUUGGCAGCGCGAAGCCAACCAGUUCAAUGUUAACGCACUCCGCCAGUUGCGUGCUCUGCAAGGUUCAUCGCUCUCGCCUCCCACCGUCGAUGACAAGGGCAAGGGCGCCACUGCUGCUCUGCCUACCAACAGGCAAGGUGUCAGCGUCACAGACUGCUGCAUUUGUCUGUUCUCUGUGACCGUUUGUCAGGCGCUCUUCAUCGCACCAUGCUCGCACGUCUUCCACUACAAAUGCAUUCGACCGCUGCUCAACUUGCAUCAUCCCGGCUUCUCCUGCCCGCUCUGCCGCACGUUUGCGGAUCUGGACGCCGACGUCGAGGAGGACGAGGCAUGGCAAGAGUCGCUCUUGCUGGAAGCGGAAGCAGCAGAGGCACGUCUGGCGCAGGGCAAAUUGCCGCUUGAAGUAGGCACUCCCGCCGUGGAGCUCGACUCGCCCAUGGCUGCCGCCCUGCCUCCGUCUCUGACUUCGGUGCUCCUCAACGGCGCUUCGAGUGGUGACGCAUCUGGGCCGAACAGCGCAUCCGCCAACACGAACGGGGUAGCGCCAAGACCACCGCUCAACUUGGCAACAUCGCCUCUGUUGACAGAUUUGCAAUCUGAUCAUGCCGGCACGAACGCCGCGCUUGGACGAGGCACCGCAGCCUCCAGCAGACGCAAGAACGACUGGGCACGUCCCGAUACUGCGGUGGGCUCGAGCGCUGGUCCCUUGGCGGGGGAUGAGACGUUCGCUGUCGGUGACGGCGGCGCCGAGACAGCAGGCUUGACAUCAGACCUGGGCGCCAUGGCGGUCUCAGACCGUGUCCUCGGGGUAGAUGCUGCUGCAUCGCUCCACCGGGCGGGUCGCUUUUCGACAGACGCUGGGUCCCCUACCCGUCGUGGUUCAGGGCCCAUUGCAAUUGGCGGCAGCGAGCGUAGCUUGCUUGGGAACAAAGCUACGCUGACAUCCUCGAGCCUGGCUGGACCGGUUGCCAUUGGCAGUCCGGAAGAAGGUUGGCCCGGAGGAGCGGUCGGGGGCUUCUCGCCCGGUCUCGAAGAAGCAGGCACUCCGCUCAACUCGACCUUUCUCAGCACGCUAGCUGAGGCGCCGCACGCAACAGCUACCCACACGUCUUCACCUUCCUCGACGCGGGAUUUUCCGCAAGGCCGAUCGGCACCGGCCCUAACAUCAGUGCCGGCCACCAUUCCAGCAGGGGCGAGCAGGGCCCGACGCAGUGAGAUUGGUGCGAACGACAUGGACAGGAAGCGCUCCAGCGACGGAGCAGAGGACGUGGACACAGCUGAGGAGGAUGUCGAAGUUUCGGUCGUGGGCGCUCAGAGUGGGCAUGCAAGCGCAGGUGGAGAUGGCAAGGGCAAGGCACGGCUCAAUGUACAGCCCGACGUGACUGUCGUUGGAGAUGGGUCUGGCAAGCUGCCGUCCGUGGUGCCAGCACCCCCCAUCGCCGACGUCGGACCCACCGGUCUGAAUCCCAGUGCGCAGGACAAGGAUUCCGAGGGCAAGCAUGACAGCACCAGUGGCGAUCACGGCAGGAACGCUGACAACCCAAGCCCACCCACCUCGCCAACAUCGGAAAGCAAGAUGGCGCGCUUCAAGCGACGCAUCUCGGAAGCCAUGUGA